GUACGCUCGGCCGCCCUGAUCGGCCGCGACCGCCGCCGGGCACGCUGCCUGCGCCACGCGCUGCGGCAACGCCUGUACGAUCUGACACCGCGCGAGCGCGAGGUGCUAGAGCGCCUGAUCGGCGGACAGAGCAGCAAGGUGAUCGCGCGCGCGCUCGACAUGUCGCCGCGCACGGUGGACACCCACCGCACCCGCAUCCUGCGCAAGUUCGAGGUCGAGACGACCUUGAUGCUGAUGAACCGCUUCGCCGAUAGCCACUUGGAUCCCGAGCUCCUACGCGAACAGGCUAGCCCGAAAGUCGGUAGGAUGAGCCAGACCAUUUCCAGGGAAAUCCUGAUCGUCGAUCCCAGCCCACUGUUCCGCGAAGGGCUGCGGCAAAUGCUUGCGGAAGCCGGACUGGCGCUCGCCGAACCGCAGACCUCCCUGGCGGCGGCCGAGGCCGAGCUCGCGCGCGGCCGCGCGGGCCUGCUGCUGCUCGGCUACAGCGGCGAUGGCGGCGACCUGUGCCAAGAGCUGGAGGCCAUCAAGCAGCGCCACCCGGGCCUCAAGGUCGCCGUGAUCUGCGACCGCGAUGCCGCUGCACUGCUUCCGCGGUUCUGCGCGGCCGGCGUCGACAGCGUUCUGACCAAGGACAUCAGCGCGGAUCGGCUGGCCCGCUGCCUGGAACUGAUCCAGCUCGGCCAGCGCAUCCUGCCGAACGACUGGAUCGAUCAGAUGCUGGUGCGCCGCCGCGGCGCAGCGGCCAACGACGACACCGCCGGCGCGGUCGACGUCCCCCUGUCGGAGCGCGAGCAGGAUAUCGCCCUGGGCCUGGCCGAGGGCCUGCCGAACAAGCUGAUCGCGCGCCGCCUGGGGAUCACCGAGGCGACCGUCAAGGUUCACGUCAAGGGGCUGCUGCGCAAGAUCCACGCGCGCAACCGCACCCAGGCCGCGAUCUGGGCGGUGCGCCGCGAGACGAUCUUGCCUGCUCCGGCGAUGAUCGCCGCCGCCGAGUGCGGCGACCGCGGCCGCGCGGCGCAGGCCGAGCGUAGCCUGCUCCAACGCCUCGGCGGCGCCGGGGUCCUCGGGUCGACAGGCAAAGCGGUGGGCGGCCAGGCGAUAACGCUCCCAAGCCUCGCGGCGGUAGCUGGCCGGACCGUCCGUGGACGCACCGCCCCGGAUGGUGAAGCGCCCACCAUCGCCCCCACCCUCGCCCCCCCGCCAUCCCCCCGCUAUCGCCGACGCUUCCCGGCCGCCGCCCGGGCGGAAACCAAACGUGAUUUUCCUCGCCGUGCCGACGGCGUUACCCUGGGCCGCAUGAACGAGGGCACGCGAGGGGAUCACCGCUACACCCUGGCGGAGGAGAUCGUGCACGCCGCGUUGCACGGCGUCGGCGCCGUGGCCAGCCUCGGCGGCCUGGUCUUCCUGCUUUGGCUGGCGCUCGAACGCCAGAGCGACGCCGCCAUCCUCUCGGCGGUCAUCUACGGCGGCAGCCUGGUCGUGCUCUACGCGGCCUCGACCUUCUACCACGGCCUGCCCGAGGGACCGGCCAAGCGCCUGUUCCUGCUGUUCGACCACUGCGCGAUCUACCUGCUGAUCGCCGGCACCUACACGCCCUUCACCCUGCUGGCGCUCGAUCCCGAGGUGGGCCGGGCGCUCUUCGCCGCGGUCUGGGCGCUGGCCCUGGCCGGCAUCGCGCUGGAGGUGGCCACCCGCCUGCUGCCGCGGGGGCGGCGGCUGGUCUGGCUGUCGGUGCCGCUCUACCUCGGCAUCGGCUGGCUCGGCCUCGCCGUGGCGGGCGAGGAGAUCGUCGCCGCGCUGCCGCCCACGGCGCUGGAGCUGCUGGUCGCCGGCGGGUUGCUCUACACCGGCGGCGUCGGCUUCUAUCUCUGGCGCCGGCUGCCCUACCACCACGCCGUCUGGCACGCCCUGGUGCUGGCCGCGAGCGGGGCGCACUUCGCCGCCGUCGCCGCCUACGUCAUGCCGGCGGCCGCCUGA